UUGGAAGCAAAAUUCUUGUAACUACACGCAAGAAAGCAGUUGCUUCAAUCAUGGGCACUUUUCCCAUGCAAGAACUAAGAGGCCUUUCCCUUGAGGAUUGUUUGUCUUUAUUUGUGAAAUGUGCAUUUAAGGACGGAGAAGAUGAACAACAUCCAAACCUUUUAAAAAUUGGGGACCAGAUUAUUGAGAAAUGUGCAGGGGUUCCUCUUGCUGUGAGAAGUUUAGGGAGUUUACUGUAUUCGAAAAGGGAUGAACGGGAUUGGGUAUCCAUUAAAGAGAGCGGAAUUUGGAAAUUAGAACAAGAUGAAAAUAGGAUUAUGGCUGCAUUAAAGCUGAGCUAUUAUGAUUUGCCUCAUCACUUGAGACAAUGUUUUGCCCUUUGUUCGGUAUUUCCCAAAGAUUUUGAAUUUUCUAAUCUUCUUUUGAUCUUAUUUUGGAUGGCACAAGGCCUCAUUCAAUCAUCGGGACAAAAUGCCAGAAUGGAGGAUAUUGGCGAGAGCUAUAUUAAUGAACUAUUGUCGAGAUCUUUGUUUCAAGAUGCUAAACAAAAUGUACAAGGAACAUAUUUCUUUAAAAUGCAUGAUCUUGUACAUGAUCUUGCGAUAUUUUUUGCACAACCUGAGUAUGUAACACUACAUUUUCACAGUAAAGAUAUUCCUAAAAGGGUUCAACAUGUUGCAUUUUCUGAUAAUGAUUGGCCAGAAGAAGAGUCUGAAGCUUUAAGAUUCUUGGAGAAGCUAAACAAUAUUCGUACCAUUAAUUUUCUAAUGGAAAAUGUUGCCCCUAGAAGCAAUUCAUUUGUUACUGCAUGUGUCUUGAGAUUCAAAUGUAUACGAGUAUUGGAUUUAACUGAAUUGAGCUUUGAAGUGUUGCCUAAUUCAAUUGAUAGUCUGAAGCAUCUAAGACUCUUGAGCCUAGCUGAUAAUAAGAGAAUCAAGAAACUCCCUAAUUCCAUUUGCAAGUUAUACCAUUUGCAAACUUUGUUAUUGACUGAUUGUUCAGAACUUGAAGAAUUACCAAAAAGCAUAGGGAGUAUGAUCAGUUUGAGGAUGUUAUGUUUAACAAUGAAACAAAGGGAUUUAUUCGGAAAGAAAAAAGAGUUGAGAUGCUUGAACUCUCUUCAACAUUUACGACUUCUUGGUUGUCUCAAUUUGGAAGUUUUGUUUAGAGGAAUGGAAAGCCGUUUUGCACUUCGAAUAUUAUGUAUUUACAAUUGUCCAAGUUUGGUUUCUCUGUCACGUAGUAUAAAAUUCCUGAAUGCAUUAGAGCAUCUAGUAAUUAAUGAUUGUGAAAAGCUUGAAUUCAUGGAUGGAGAAGCAAAAGAACAAGAAGAUAUUGAAAGCUUUGGGAGCCUACAAAUUUUGCGAUUUCAAGAUUUACCACGAUUGGAGGCUUUACCAAGGUGGCUUCUUCAUGGGCCUACUUCUAACACUCUACACCAUUUAAGGAUUUUAAGUUGCUCAAACUUGAAAGCAUUGCCAACAGAUGGUAUGCAAAAGCUCACAUCCCUUAAAAAAUUGGAGAUCCAUGAUUGUCCCGAAUUGAUUAACAGAUGCAGACCUAAAACUGGGGAUGAUUGGCACAAAAUCGCUCAUGUAUCUGAAAUAUAUUUCGAUGGACAAGCAAUUACAUCAUCAACCAAUGAUUAGGUGGUGUAGGUGAGAAAUGUGGUGGUGCUGCUGCGAUUGGAUUGAGAAUUGAGCUGGACCUGGAAGACCGAUCAAAGCUACUGUUUAGCUCUUCGUUGCUUGGGCCAUUGCUUGCUUGCUUGCUUUUUUCUGCUUAAUCAAACUCCUUGGAUUUGUUUUCAUCAGUUGGUGUUGGCUUCUUCAUUCCUGUUUUGAGUGUUCAAUUUGGAUUAACAGUAUGUAUCUUUUGUAUUGGCGGAGGAGAUGACAUCUUUCUUAUCUCCUUUUGCCUCUUUGACUUGUGGGAUAUUUCUUGCUUGCCUUUUUUCAGAUUGAUUUGGUUUCAUCUUCUUGAUUCUCUAUCAGUUGAAUUCAUGACUUUUAUUUGUCUCA